CGAAGGUUGAAGAUAAAAUAAGAAGAAAAAGGUAAAGCAUUGAUAUCAAUGUCAGCUCUCACUGUCCAGCGUCCACAAUCAGAGAGACAGAGUAAUAACUUCUAAGCAGAGUCCCCAAAUUGAAAUUGAAAUUGAAAUUUCAGCUCAAAAUGUCAGACGCCGAGAGCACCGUGGAAGCCGUCGAUUCCCAAGAGCCACCCAAGCAGCAGGAAUCACAGGAUCGGAAGCCCAGCUCCGGCGCCGCCUACAGCCUUUGGCCUCCGACCGACCGCACCCGCAACGCCGUCGUCGACCGUCUCAUCGAGACCCUCACCACUCCCUCCCCUCUCUCCAGACGCUACGGCACCUUGUCCGCCGACGAGGCCAACGAGGAGUCCCGCCGAAUCGAGCAAGACGCCUUCGCCGCCGCCGGGGGAUCCGCCGCCACGGAGGUCAGCGGCGAGACCGGGAUGAAGAUCCUGCAGAUCUACUCCAAGGAGAUCAGCAAGCGCAUGCUCGAGGUCGUCAAGGCUAAGAACGCCGCUGCUUCUGCUGCUGAAAACGGCGCGUCCGAGACCGCCGAGACUGGUAGCACCGCCGCCGCCGACGAUGCCGCCGCCGCCGUUCCCAGUGAGGAUGUCAAGACUGAGGAAUUGAAGACUGAGACUGAGUCAACCUGAUCUGCGUCAGUGUUAGGCAUUUCUAGCUUUAAUAUUAUUAGUAUUAAGAUCUAUUUCGUACUGAUUGUGGAUUUCUUAUGAUGCCUACCCUAUUAUAACAAUCUAUCACACAGUUUAAAUAUUUAGGUAUUGUCGCAAUGCGCUUCCAUUUUCUCUGUUUUAUAUGAUGUGGUGGUUUGGUGUUGAGUAUCAAUCUGCUUUGUUA